AUGACAGCUCUUCUAACCUUUGAGCCGUACGUGCUCACCCCAUUGGUCCAUAAUGUUCCCGGGAUCCAUAUGUCAUUCUUCCUUACCUUCUACAUCGAUGAGCCUUCUCUUGCAAUUCCACCUCUGGAAGCGGGCGUGAACCGCCUUAUAGAGCUUCUGCCAUUUCUUGCCGGCAAUGUCACUCCGUCUAUCCAGUUAAAAGGCAAAGAGAAUGUGUACGAGGUACAGCCUCCAACCGCCAAAUUCCUACAGGAACAUUCCAUGUUGCGAAUCAAAUACCACGAGCAUUAUGUUUCUCCUAAAAGUCCCGGUGCAUUUUCUUUCUCAAACGAAUCUUCCAUAGACGAAAGAUUCAUCCCAAUGCCAUUUGAAAUGGCCUUGGCAGAAUUGAUUCCCGUGCUUAGACUACAAGCCAAUGUCAUGCAUGAUAGUAUCGUUCUCUGUAUUUCCUUCCACCAUAUGGCUAUAGACGGCUAUGGAGCACUCAAUUUGAGCAGAUAG